AUGAUGAUGCUGGGAUUGGAGAGGUUGGUGUUGAAUUUGAAAUCCAAGUUGAGGUCUUUGAAGGUGAACAAGAAGCCUUAUGACAAGAUUGAAAAGAGUGAGAGCAUGAGAGUUGAAAUAAGGAGCAAGAAGGCCAGAAAGCUCAUUGAAAAGACUUUGAAAGUAGCAGAUUCUCCCAAGUCCAAAACCUUCGCUUUUUGA